AUGAAUAAUAUUUUUAUAUAUAUCAGGGCUACGGAAGGCGGGCUCGCUCCAAGUAGCGAUGAUAUGCCGGUGGGGGGUCCUAAGACACCCCAGCAGAUAGCAGCACAACGCCGCUUGCAACAGACGCAGGCUCAGGUUGACGAGGUUGUUGACAUAAUGAAAACGAACGUUGAAAAGGUGUUGGAGAGAGAUCAAAAGCUCUCGGAACUUGACGACAGGGCAGAUGCCUUGCAGCAAGGUGCUUCGCAGUUUGAACAGCAGGCUGGUAAACUGAAAAGCAAAUUCUGGCUGCAGAAUCUAAAGAAUAGCAUAAUGUUAGAAUUGCCUCGUAUAACUCGGGCCCUCAGAGCUCACACUCAGCUGGACAAACCUCGUUGUCUGAAACCCGUCAAGGAUAACAAAAUAAUUUUCAAAACAUCAAUAGCACAAAAAAGACACAGAACAUACUCAGAUAUAUAUGAGUAUAUAAAGAAAAAUGAGCCAAACCACAUCAUUAAUCUAUUAGAACAACUAAAAGAGGCUUGCAAGGUUCUCACCGGAGAUGUCACCGAUGAUAUUAUAGAUGAUGCUGCAGUUUUAACGCUCAAAAUGUUUCUAGAUCAAGAUAUUGUGAUGCUCAAACAUCUGUCUUCAUUAAGACAAAUGUUUGGAUCUGUCUCAUCAUCAAAUGCUAAUAAAAUUUGUGAGAUUGUUACGAACAUAUCUAAUGAAGUAUCUGAUGAUACUAAACAAUAUAUUCAAACUGAAGAGAAUGAUGAAAAUCAGAAUGUUAAAUUGUGGGGUGAAAAUAUCCAAUGCCACUAUAUUCCAUAUAAACCGGCAAAGAAACCUCUAGCGAAAUUAACCAAGAAACCAGCAAUGGAUAGCAACUUUGUGACCGAUUUUUCUAUGAAAUACACGAACAAAGUUCAAAACGUACAACCACAGACUAGUGCUAUCAAAACUGAAUCAAAAUUUGGAAAAGUCUGGUUGGAAAAUAAAGUGAGGGAACUAUAUGAGAACUCAAACGGCAUAUCAAAUGCUGAUAUUCUGCAAUCAAUAAUCACAUUUCUAAAUUCAUCACGAACCAAUGAUGAAUUACAAAACGACCUAUUUGAAUUAUUGGGCUUUGACAAGUUUGAGUUCAUUGAAGGUAUAUUGCAACAUCGUCAAGAAAUCACUGAGAGUUUGAGAGUUCCGCCUCCGCAGCCAACUAUAGCUGAGAUUGCCUCACUCCUUCCCGAGAACAAAAUGCCCCAGUAUUUGUGUCAAGUGUCAGUACAAUCUGAACAAGAGAAGAUGUUAGCGAAACUCGUCAGAAAAGAAGAGAAAAAAGCAAAGAAUAAAAGAUGUGAUGAUGAAGAAGAACAUGAAAUUAAUAUCGCCCAGUUAAGAGCCAAGAGGAUAGCCGAGCUAACAAAGCCUGUUGUACCAUUUUCUACAUCAAAAUCAAACAUAGAUCCCAUAUUACAGAAGAUAUCCUACUCCCAAACUAAAGUUCAAUACCCAAAUGUGUAUGACUCAUCAAUCAAUGCAAAAAAUUCAGCUGGCUUUGUAUCUGGUUUGAAGUUGAUUCUUCCGGAAAAUGCUAUCAGAAAGGAUAAUAAGGAAUAUGAAGAAGUUAUUAUACCCAAGAAUGAGCAGGCUCCGUUGAAUGUUGGAAAUAAGAGAGUACCGAUCUCAGAUCUUGAUGAGAUCGGCCAAAUGGCGUUCGAGAACAUCAAAGAAUUAAACCGCAUCCAAUCAGUUGUAUUCCAAACGGCGUAUAACACUAAUGAAAAUUUACUCAUUUGCGCCCCCACCGGCGCUGGUAAGACGAACAUAGCGUUACUAACUGUAGUUCAUCAACUUAAACAGCAUAUUGAGAAUGACGUCAUCAUGAAGAAUAAAUUUAAGAUCAUUUACAUAGCUCCAAUGAAGGCUCUGGCUUCAGAGAUGACUGCCAGUUUUGGGAAACGUCUCCAAAGUCUAGGCAUCACGGUACGAGAACUAACAGGAGAUAUGAAACUAACUAAAGCAGAAGUUCAACAGACACAGAUGAUUGUUACGACGCCUGAGAAAUGGGAUGUUGUUACCAGGAAAGGGGCUACGGACACCGAAUUGGCGUCAAUAGUGAAAUUACUCAUAAUAGAUGAAGUACAUUUGCUACACGGAGACAGAGGUCCUAUAGUGGAAGCUAUCGUGGCUAGAACAUUGAGACAGGUUGAAUCAACUCAGAACAUGAUAAGAAUCGUGGGCUUGUCAGCUACACUACCCAACUACGUCGAUGUUGCCAGAUUCCUCCGCGUGAAUCCCAAUAUUGGUCUAUUCUACUUCGACUCUCGCUUCCGUCCAGUGCCGCUCGAACAGCAGUUUAUAGGAGUGAAGGAAAUAGGAUCUGGUGGGGGAACACACUUGAGACAGAUCCAAACAAUGAACGAAAUAUGCUACGACAAAGCCUCUGAAAUGGUGCAAAAAGGUCACCAAGUAAUGGUUUUCGUUCACGCUCGAAACGCAACCCAUCAGACGGCUAUGAUUCUGAAGGAAAUCGCCCAAAAGAAAGGACACUUGAAAUAUUUUGAGCCCGAAGACUCCGGAGGUUUCUUAAAGGCCAAAAAAUCUAUCGGCAGCAGUCCUAAUAAACAAUUGGCAGAGCUAUUUUCCGCUGGUUUUGCUUGUCACCAUGCUGGGAUGUUGAGAAGCGAUAGGAACAUGGUAGAAAAGUAUUUCGCGGAGGGAUACAUCAAAGUGCUCGUGUGUACAUCAACACUGGCCUGGGGAGUUAAUCUACCAGCACACGCGGUUGUCAUAAGGGGUACAGAAAUCUACGACCAAAGUCACGGUACGUUCGUAGAUCUCAGUAUAUUGGACGUGCUCCAAAUCUUCGGUCGAGCUGGCAGACCUCAGUUUGACACGUCCGGAACAGGCAUCAUAAUAACGACUCACGACAAACUGACUCACUACUUGAAAAGUAUGACCAAUCAGUUCCCGAUAGAGAGCAAUUUCAUCAAUCUUUUAGCAGACAAUUUGAAUGCUGAGGUGGCACUCGGUACAGUCACUAAUAUAGAUGAGGCGGUUGAGUGGUUGAGUUACACUUACCUCUUUGUCAGAAUGAGGAUCAAUCCACAGGUCUACGGGCUGACAUAUACUGAUGUUCAAGAAGACCCUACUUUGGAGACUAGGAGACGUGAGCUCAUUACAAGCGCAGCCAUGACACUAGACCGCACGCACAUGCUGAGAUACAACGAACGUACUGGGGAUCUGCAUAUUACUGAUCUCGGCCGAACAGCCAGUCAUUAUUACAUAACGUGUGAAACAAUGGAGGUAUUCAACACUAUGGUACGUAAAUCUAUGACGCAAGGUUACGUGCUGGAAAUGUUGACUAGGUGUUCAGACUUCCAGCAGUUAAAAGUCAGAAAAGAAGAAUUGACAGAACUAUGGAAUCUCAAAGAUAUGUAUUGUGAGUUGAGAAUAGAGGACGCUCCUGAAGACAUACACUGGAAGAUCAACAUAUUAUUACAGACUUAUCUAUCACGAGGAAGAGUUAACGGGUCCUCGCUGCAAUCAGACUUGAAUUAUAUCAGCCAGAACGCAGUACGUAUAGUUCGCGCGCUUUUUGAAAUAACAUUAAGGAAAAAUAAUGCAUAUAUGGCGGGUUUGUAUUUGAAGAUGGCCAAAAUGAUGGAACUACAGUUGUGGGACUUCUAUAGUGAUAUGAGACAGUUCAAUUGCUUUCCUAACGAGAUAUUGAAGCAUAUUGAAUAUCCGUUACUGAAACCAGAUCAAUUGAGAGAUAUGGAUUGGAAGGAAAUAGGUGACUUGAUACGUAAUCCUAAAACUGCUCGUCAUUUAAAGAAGUGCGCUGAAGAAUUCCCAUUACUAGAUAUGGAGGCUAGCUUGCAUCCUAUAACAAGAACUGUAUUGAGAAUAAGACUUACUAUUACACCCAACUUUAAGUGGAAUGACAAGUAUCAUGGUAAAGCGCCAGAAGCCUUUUGGAUCUGGGUUGAAGAUCCCGACACUGAUAUAAUGUAUUACCAUGAAUAUUUCCUCAUCACCAAGAAACAAGUAAUAACAAAUGAGCCUCAAGAACUAGUUAUAACGAUUCCUAUAUCUGAGCCCUUGCCUCCUCAAUACUAUAUCAGAGCUACUUCAGAAAGAUGGCUAGGAUCAGAGAGUGUGCUACCUUUGACAUUCCAACACCUAAUUCUACCGGAAACACAUCCACCUCAUACAGAUCUACUAGAAUUACAACCUCUGCCGGUGACAGCCCUGAACAAUCCUUCCUACGAAAUGCUAUACAACUUUAGUCACUUUAAUCCGAUACAAACACAAAUAUUCCACGCAUUAUAUCACACUGAUCAUAACAUACUACUGGGAGCUCCGACCGGAUCUGGAAAGACGAUUGUAGCGGAAGUAGCGAUGUUCAGGGUCUUCAACCAAUAUCCGGGUUGUAAGGUCGUAUACAUCGCACCACUUAAAGCUCUUGUUAAAGAACGAAUAAAGGAUUGGAAAGUGAGGCUGGAAGAGAAACUUGGAAGAAACGUAGUUGAAUUAACAGGUGAUGUAUCACCGGAUAUCCGUGCCAUAAGACAGUCGCAGGUGAUAGUGACGACUCCUGAGAAGUGGGACGGCAUCAGCAGGUCGUGGCAGACGAGGAACUACGUGAGGGACGUGGCGCUCAUAGUGAUAGAUGAGAUACAUCUGUUGGGGGAAGAUAGGGGACCCGUCUUGGAAGUUAUUGUGUCCAGGACAAAUUUCAUAGAAUCCCAUACAUCUCGUCGUCUCCGCAUCAUAGGUCUGUCCACAGCGCUCGCUAACGCUAAGGAUCUCGCCAACUGGCUGAAUAUUGGAGAAAUUGGAUUAUAUAACUUUAGGCCGUCUGUUAGACCUGUACCAUUAGAGGUGCACAUAUCAGGUCACGCGGGUCGUCACUACUGUCCCCGCAUGAUGUCUAUGAACAAGCCCACGUUCAGCGCCAUCAGAACACACUCGCCUUCAUCACCGGCACUUGUCUUCGUGUCCAGUAGACGACAGACCAGGUUAACAGCACUAGAUUUAAUCGCCUACUUGGCAGCGGAGGAUAACCCGAAACAAUGGCUACACAUGAAAGAGUCAGAAAUGGAGCAAGUGUUAUCAAACAUCCGGGAGUCGAACCUAAAACUAACUCUCGCUUUCGGUAUCGGGAUACAUCACGCGGGUCUACACGAAAAAGACCGUACUACGGUUGAGGAACUAUUCAUCAACCAGAAAAUACAGGUGUUAAUUUGCACGGCGACGCUAGCUUGGGGGGUGAAUUUCCCCGCGCACUUGGUCGUUAUCAAGGGUACGGAGUACUUCGAUGGAAAACAGAAGAGAUACGUGGACAUGCCCAUCACUGAUGUACUACAGAUGAUGGGGCGAGCGGGAAGGCCGCAGUACGACAACGAAGGUGUGGCUGUAGUACUUGUGCAUGAUCAGAAAAAGAACUUCUACAAGAAGUUCUUGUACGAGCCUUUCCCUGUUGAAUCAAGUCUACUACAAGUACUAGCUGAUCAUCUUAACGCUGAAAUCGUCGCUGGUACCGUACAAACGAAACAAGACAUUCUAGACUAUCUAACAUGGACCUAUUUCUUCCGGAGGUUGCUGAAGAAUCCUUCGUAUUACAAUCUAGAAAGCAUCGAGCCUCAAGAUAUAAACUGCUACCUUUCAAACUUAGUGCAAACUUCUCUGGACGCAUUAGCUAACGCGAAUUGCGUCGAGAUAGAAGAGGAUGAACGUACAGUCCAAAGCACUUGGAUGGGACGUAUAGCCUCGUAUUACUAUCUGUCACACAAAACGAUGGCGCAUUUCAGUAAUCACUUACAGAGCAAUCUCACUUUUGAUAAUAUGUUGAGAAUUCUGGCUGAUUCUGAAGAAUACGCGACGCUACCCGUGAGACAUAAUGAAGACGUCUUAAACGGGGAACUGUCAAAACAAUGUCGCUUACAAGUAGACGCGCUAACGUUAGAUUCGUCCAACGUGAAAGCCUUCUUAUUACUUCAAGCUCAUUUAUUAAGACUACCUCUACCCAACACCGACUACCUCACAGACACUAAGUCAGUGCUCGACCAGGCUAUUAGGAUCAUACAGGCUAUAAUAGAUACAACAGCGGAAAACGGCUGGCUCUCAGUAUGUUUGAUAUCACAGAUGUUGAUGCAAUGUAUCGUUCAAGCGAGGUGGUACACGGAAUCCGCUUUAACGACUCUACCGCAUAUAGAAUCGCAGCAUUUAUACAUGUUCUCACACAUGGCCAGAGACAGUAAUAAGCCGUGUAUAACAUUGAAUGGUUUAAAAGUAGCUUGUGCGAAAAAUUACGAGCUACUAGCCAAAUAUAUGAGACGGGAAUUUGAAGAAAAUCAAAUUGAACAAGUGUACAGGGCUAUAAUGGAUCUACCAACUUUGGAUCUCAAACUGUCUGUCCGUGGAAUUUGGUUUGAUGUUGAUUGUGAACAAGACAAGCGGAUACGACAACCGGCCGGCAAGAAUGACUGGAUACAACUACACGCGGACCAGGAAUACACAAUCGUAAUAGACAUGCAAAGACGUGGCGGUAACCCUAAUAAUGUGUUAUGUCCUCGUUUCCCGCGCGGUAAGAAUGAGGGCUGGUUCAUUACACUCGGCUCUAUAGAAAAUGGAGAACUUCACGCUUUAAAACGUGUACCGGCUAAAGGGACAUCAAAUGUUACCUUCUACACGCCGUCGCAAACUGGACGUAUAAUAUACACGAUGUAUGUAAUGAGUGACAGUUACAUGGGUCUAGAUCAACAGUAUGACUUACAGUUUGAUAUCAUCGACCCUUUACCCACAGAGACGGUUGACAGAGUAUACGAUACCAUAGAUAAAGUUAUCAUUGAAUGA